CCGGCGUGGCAGCAGCGCCGUCCAGCAGCAGCAGUAGUCCGCCAUCCACUGUCCAGCAGCAGCAGCAGUCCACUGUCUAGCAGCAGCAGUCCGCCGUCCAGCAGCUGUCCAUCCAUUCUGCAACCAUCCACAGACCAAAAUGAAGAAAAAGGAUGUUAGCAUAUUUGAAAUGUGGGACAAAUCUUCGAAGGCAAGAAAAAUAACUUCUACAUCCACACCAACUCCUAUUUCCGUUGAGGUUGAGAGCAAUCUGCAGCUAGCACUAGUGCAAACACAUGAUGAAGCUCCGCAACCGGAGAGGGAGAGAGGCUCCUCGACCCCAAUUGUAGAAGAUGAUGAAGCGGUUGAUGAAGAUGAUGAAUCAAUGCCCCCAAUUUGAAGCAGAUUCGGCAGCUCUGGAACGUGAUCCCGGCAAGCGACUUCCCAUAUCUUCAUAUCAUGCCAAUGACCAGGAUAGAGUUAGAAGGAGAUACAUUGACUUGGGUGCUUGUCAACCAAAGGAUCAUAAGUUUGAGAUCAGAGAUUUUAGUGGACAUCUCCGUCGCUUUUGCCCUACUUGGUUUAAGGAUCACAAGUGGCUUGAGUAUAGCGUGCAAGAAGAGGCUGCCUUUUGCUUUGUUUGCUACUUGUUCAAGGAUAAAACAAAAAGUCCCGGAGGAGAUGCAUUUGUUAACGGAGGAGGAGAUGCAUUUGUUAACGGAGGGUUUAAUAAUUGGAACAUGAAAGCAAGAUUGAAGAGGCAUAUUGGUGCUGUUAGUAGUGCUCACGCUGAAGCUCAAGAAAAAUAUGAUAUGUUCACUACACCUACAACAUCAAUUAGGGAGUCCAUUGCUUCAAACACCACACAAUACAAGGUUCUAUAUAAGCUCCGUGUGACAUGGACACUCAAGUGUUUGAGAUUCCUAUUGCACCAAGGUUUGGCAUUUAGAGGGCAUGAUGAAAGUGAUGACUCACUAAAUAAAGGAAAUUUCCUUGAGCUUUUAGAGUUGGAAGAAGUAGAAACUGGGACGGGUUUGAAUCAAGAAAUGGGUAUUGGAAGGCCAUGUGACACUCGUUGGGGCUCUCACUACAAGACUGUCAACCAUGUUAUCUCUAUGUAUCCUGCAAUAAGGCGUGUUCUCAUCAAGAUUGCAAAAGAGUAUAACGGCACAGAGGCAGUAGCAGCAAUGACUAUGUUGACAUCAUUCAGAUAUUUGAAUUUGUUUUCAUGGCACACUUGAUGCAAGAAAUAUUUGAAUACACCGAUGACUUGAGUAGAGCUUUGCAAAAGAAAGAUCAAGAUAUUGUUAAUGCUAUGGAGAUUGUUGAUCUCACAAAGCUACACUUGCAAUGUUUGCGAGAAGAUGAAGGGUGGAAUGAUUUUCUUCAGAAUGUCACUUCUUUUUGUGUAAAGCACAAGAUCAAAGUUGUUGACAUGGAGGCUCCUUACUAUCCUGCUGGGAGACCAAAAAGAGGGUUCUUUAAUGGUGCAAGGGAUUACCAACGCUUCAAGGUUGAAAUGUUUGUGGGUGUCAUUGAUAGGCAACUUCAAGAGCUUGAUGCAAGAUUUGAUGAGGAGCAAGUUCCUGGCUCCGCCACUGGGCACGACGCGCCAUGCGACGCGGUACAUCCAUGAUGGAAGCAACCGCGCGUAUUCGAAACGGCACGUGGGUAAAUUAAUUGAUUUUGGUUGAGGGAGCCUCACUCUCUCGAUCGAGCUCACCACCACCGUACGUACGUUGGUAGUACGUGCCAUGUGCUCCUUGGUCGCCGCUGCUUCCUCGAGCUGGCGCUGUCCAAAGGAGGGUCGAUCCAAACAAAUUCCAAGCUCAGCCGCGUGCGUGUAUAAAUCCACACCACCUUUCCACCGGGACCUCCACCACCUCCUCCUCCUCGGACGAAAAGCUUAGAUCCAGAGCAGCUGCCACAGCACAAUCAUCGGGCUCGCGUAGAUCCAAAGUACAAAGCAAUCCAAGCUCAGCUGCGAAGGAGGAACAGCACACAGAUGGCGGCACUUGUCACUCCCGCGGGUUGUCCCACCGUGUCCGAGCUGGUCGUGCAGGGCCGGGACUCGGCCGCCGUCCUCGAGGCCCUGCUCCGGGGCGCGUCGUCCCCCGACAACGCCGGGAUCCGGGAGCUCGCCGGGGAGAUCCUCCGCUGCUGCGACCGCGCGCUCGCCGCGCUCCACGCCGUCGAAGGCGCCGCGGUCGAUGUCUCCGGCGGCAGGAAGCGGAAGUCGGGACCCGGCGGCGCAGACAGCCUGACGAGGCCGAGAAGAAGGAUGCGCGCGAGCGGCGGUGAGAAGGCGGCCAGAGUCGAGAGGAGGCGGACGGCGGAGGACGGGUUCAUAUGGAGGAAGUACGGGCAGAAGGAGAUCCACAACAACAGGCACCCGAGGCUCUACUUCAGGUGCACCUACAAGCACGACAGCGGCUGCCCGGCGACGAGGCAGGUCCAGCAGGCGGAGGACGACCCCUCCCUCUACGUCAUCACCUACUUCGGCGACCACACCUGCUGCCAGGGCGACGCCGCUGGCGCCGUCCUGGAGGCCGAGGACGUCAAGAUGCAGCCGUUCGUCAUCAACUUCGGGUCGGCCACCGCGAGCAGCGGCUCGCCGUGGCUCUCCUCGCCCAGCGACACCGACGACGUCCGGAGGAGCGACAGCGGGGCCUCAGGCUCGUCGCAGGCCGUGUGCUCGCCGGAGGAAUUCGAAGUGAAAGAGGCCAAAGUUGAGUCAACGUCGGAGGACUCACACGCGAUGGAUCCGGCGGCGGCGGAGCUGAGUUCGUCGGCCGACUUCUCUUGUGCUUCCCCGGCAUGGAAUUCUCUGUCCGGCUGCUUGGACUGGGACCACUUCGGCGACAGCUCGUUCGAUUGCGAGUUCAUGGAUUUUGACGCCAUUCCUCUGUUCCAAUAGCUUAGUUGCUGUUCUUGUUCUCUCAGCGCAGAUGUUUUUGUGAAAUAUUUGUCGAAAAAACUUGUCUCUUAGAUAGAUGUAUAAGUAGCACAAAUUAGCGCUACAUAUAUUUAUUUGAGAAACAAGUUUGAGACAAGCUUUUUCGGACGAAGAGAGUAUGCAUGUGUUUCUGUCUA